AUGGAGAACCAGGCUAGGCAGCAGGAGCGCCAACCGAAGGGUAGUAGCUCGGCCCAAAAGAAAACGGCAGAGCUAUCAAAGUCUGAUAGCUGCCACUUGAGAGGCUUAUCAGCAGGUCACCAGCAAGCGGUUUGCCAUCAUCGAUAUAGAUAUGGCAUUGCUACCGAAAAAACCUUGGGUGCUAGACCACCUGCAGGCCAUCCUUGCGGUUGA